AUGCACUUUCUGUUCUUACUUACCAUUAGCUGCUUGCUAUUUCUACCAUUUGCUUGUCAAUUCUUAACUGGGUCAGCAUCAACGCUGCUUACUUACACGGGGAGAAAUUUAACAUGCUCCAAUCAAGUUGAUACUUUAUACAAUGGUUCAGCGACUUAUCAAAGUAAUCCAGGUCAAUUAGGAGCGUAUUAUUGUAUUAUGGCAGUAAGUAAUACACUUGUUAACAACUUAACUUCUACUAGCAUCAGCCGAGGUGCUAUAUACACGUGGAAUCUGUACCGAAAUAUUGCUGUCCAUCAUUGUGGAUUCUCAACAACGAUGGAUAUUGGCUACGGAAAUUGUACCCUAUAUCCCUUUGAGACUGCAACAUCGAUGCAACUAUGCGUCUGUUCCACAAAUAACUGUACUGCAACUUACUCUACUUGUCAAGCGUCAGUCAAUCAAGCACUUGCUUCGCCUCCACCAUUGAUACCUGUUCUUCAACCCACUCUAUCGAACACUAUAACAUGUCUGGAUUACUAUGUCAACUAUUCGGCUGUAUAUAAUAUUAUACCCCCUGUGUAUUUAGGUUGUGCCUAUAUAAUUGCUUCUGGGGCACCAAAUAUGUCGGCAUGUUAUUCCUAUACGCCUAACCACACUCUGAUAUGCAGUGUUUUCUAUGAUCCAAUAUCUGGCAAUUUUCAACAAGCAGCGAUGAUCGAAGGUGAUUAUGAAUUAUGGAUGGAAAAUAUGAUAAUAAAUGCGGCAGUUAUUAGUUCGAAUAGUUCGAUUGGUAACUUGUAUCAAACGUCCACAAGUAUAGCGGUGAUAAUGUUCGGUAGUUCUGUACAAUCUAACGGGGCAUUCUGUCUUUGUACAACAAAUAAUUGUAAUGUUAACUUUUCAACAUGUACAAAUGGUAUGAACAUACCUUCAUAUAUUUGGGCUAUUAAUGGAUCAACAUCAGUAACAUCAACAGCGCCGACAACAAACGCAUCCAGAGCUACUACUAUAUCAAGUGGAUCAACUGCAGUACUGACAACAAGCACACCAAGAGCUACUACUAUAUCAAGUGGAUCAACUGCAGUACUGACAACAAGCACACCAAGAGCUACUACUAUAUCAAGUGGAUCAACAAUCGUACCUACGACAGCAAUAUUGACAAUCAGCACGCCAAUGUCCAGAACUACAAGUGCCAAAUCAUCUACAGCAACAUCGGCACAGUUUCAAUAUCCAUUUAUGAGAUUGUUUCUGCAAAUAACAGUGUAUCUUCUAGCGAGACUAUGUUUGAAUCUUUGA